CAUGGGCUCAAGGUUACGAUUUCCACCUUGAAGCCUUCUUACACGGCAUGAGCAUCGGCGCCAACCACUAUCCAAUGUCCAACUGUAGCGAAUUUCCGAAACACGCGAGCAUGACGGCCUCCUUCAUCUCACGCCCAAGGAGGCCUAGACUAAGCCUAAGGCCUACCCGAAGCGGCUCGCUACCAGCCCGGAGCUGAUACGGAAUCAGCUCGAGCUACUACCUACACAAUUUCAGAUCCCGCUGAAGCUUGACUAUCGAAAAAAGAUACGUAGACACCUACCAACGCUGAUAGCGGAGAAGGCCAUGUCGGUCGAUCUCACGAAAGAGGACACGGGCUGCAACUCGGUUGAGGAUUUCACCAGCGCGUAUACUGUACGGUGCAUUUUCACUUUGACGGUCUUUUGUCAUUCGAUUGUUGAUCUGCCGUGCCCUGCCUUCGCUGCACGGUUAUAGCGCUUGACCUCCGCGGCAAAGUCGCCCUGGUCACUGGAAUCAGGCAAGACGGAGCACCAGAUCUAACCAACAACUAGGGCAACGGGUGAAUUGUUAAUGCCAGGAACUAUGAACAAAGGAUGCGGCUUCGAGGCCGCCGCGCAAUUCCCGACUAGGUCUGUUAUACAGCCUACUCAUGUUGCGUCCUGAAGUAUAGGACACCUCACGGAUCAAUGAGGGCUCGAAAGGCAUGCCAUGCCCUUUUCUUGCUGGCGCCUCGGGUCUUUGCCGCACAACCAGGCGCUCCCGAACCUCUUGCUGCUCCGCUGCGCGAACUCGAGUUCGGCCAAGUUCAUUUCCUCCAUACCACCGAUACCCAUGGCUGGCAUGCUGGACACCUCCUCGAGCCUUCUUUCAGUGCCGACUGGGGCGACUACGUGGACUUUACAGACAGACUGAGAGAGAAGCUGGAAGGGGAGGGACGAGACCUCUUGAUCGUUGACACUGGUGAUCGCAUCGAAGGCAAUGGCUUAUACGAUGCGUCAGAGCCAAAAGGGCUAUUCACUUUCGACAUCUUUCGAGAGCAGCAUAUGGAUCUCAUUUGCUCCGGCAACCACGAGCUCUACAAACAAAACUCGUCCGAAAAUGAAUACCUGAUCACUGCUCCGGCGUAUCCGAACAGCUACCUUGCCUCUAACCUCGACAUACACGAUCCGGAAACAGGAGAGUUGGUUCCGCUCGCGCCGAGAUACAAGAAGUUCACUACAAGGAAGCAGGGCAUUCGGAUCAUGGCAUUUGGCUUCCUCUACAACUUUGAUCGCAACUACAACAAUACUAUUGUGCAACGAGUGGAGAAGACCAUUGAAGAACAAUGGUUUCAAGAUGCCAUCCGUGACCCAGAAAUUGACUUGUUUGUCGUCAUCGGACAUUCGGCCAUUCGUUCUCAAGAGUUCGACAUGGUCUUCAGGGCAAUUCGAUCAGUGCAAUGGGAUACUCCUAUCCAAUUCUUCGGUGGACACUGGCAUGUCCGAGACUAUCGAAUAUUCGACAGCAAGUCACACGCGCUGGCUAGCGGACGCUUCAUGGAGACCAUUGGAUUUCAGUCCAUCAAUGGCUUGUCAACAAACACCAGCCGCAAAACAGCUCCCACAUUCUUCAGGAGAUACAUCGACAACAACCUCUAUUCAUUAUACCACCAUUCUGGUCACAACUCUUCGACUUUUCAUUCUGACCGCGGCAGGAACAUUACGAAGGCUAUACACCAAGCAAGACAGGCCCUCGACCUCGACCAGACCUUCGGAUGCUCAAACCGCGAUCUGUGGAUGAGUCGUGCUCCAUAUCCAAGCAACAACAGCAUCUUCAGCUGGCUAGAAGACAGGGUGUUCCCCGGCAUAGUCAAUGAUUCUCGACGAGACGAUAGACCACGGCUUGUAAUCUCAAAUACUGGAGCAAUUCGGUUCGACAUUUUCAAAGGAGCAUUCACGAAGGACUCGACAUUUAUUGUGUGCCCUUUCACAAGUGGAUUCCAUUACAUUAAGGAUGUACCAUACAACAGGGCGAAGAAGCUCAUCACCCUUCUGAACCGAGGCGACGAGAUCUUCGAGAAGGCAGACCCGACGCUUGCAAUGUCAAAGCUGGCUCCAGUCGACCAGAUAGGCAUCGAAAGGGACGUCAUCGUCGAGGAGAUUUCUCGGCCCGGUCCCGACAAAAAGCAGUUCUCCCUCACUGGUGACACUGCAUUGACGCCGGGAUACACUACAAUUGACGACCUCGGCAAUGAUGGGGAUGACACAAUCCACGCACCUAUAUCGUUUUACCGAGUCCCAAAUUGCAUCCAGUCAACCAUAAACCCGCAAAGAGUCGACCUCGAAGAGACCGUCGUUGAUCUAGUGUUCAAUGAAUUUAUUCAGCCAUGGGUGCUUGUCGGUUUGAAGUUCUUGGGCCUGGACUAUACCGACGACGACGUCGACAAGUACAUGCCGGAUGAGAACAUGACCACUCUCAUUGCUAAAUGGGUCGGUCAAUAUUGGGCAGACAAUUGCUGAUGCCUUCUUUCUCGCUCAACAGACGACGCAUGAGCCGGUUUCCGAUGCGAGUCCCCCCUCGCUCAUUGAUCUAUUUGCACUCCUGCGUCUGCGUUGUCGACGCAAGAAGCACUGCCACCAAGACCCUUUCGUCUUGUACUCUCGAGGCUUUGGAUAAUCGAAUUCGCCGACCUGUAGACUCUUGCUGCCUUUGAUCUUCUGGAAUUUCAGGACCGGUACAGGGGCAUGACGCGUUAAGACCUCCCAUGACUCAACAGUCGGCCAUCCUGCGAAUGGAAACCUAUCUAGACUUCCAAAUAAGAUCGAAUCGUCGCUGCGAGCUCGUCUUCGGAGGCGACAAAGCAUGCGCGAUGCCGGCAAGCGUUGGGUUGCAAGCUCGCUAUCUAGCGUCGAGAUGAUUAAGCUCCAAGGGGUGGUCAAAUUCUGCUUUUCUGAAUAAAACCCUGAAACAAUGGGUGCUCCGGCCGACAUCCAACACAUUAUCAUAGCAUUAUACCAAGAUCAGAACGCCCUGCAGCUCAUUAGCAGGAUACUCAAUCUUAUGACCAAAAGUCAUACCAAACUCGUUCUCAACAGUCCCCCCUCUGCCAAGUCGAUAUCAUGGACUUGUCCGCGGGCAUCAACUCGAUAGAAGCAUUUUCGAACCGUCCAGAAACCUACAUUUACAAUGCUGAUAGCAAUGUCGUUAAGCCGGCUGCCAAUAUGGCACACGUCUGGGCCAGUCUAUCGAGCCAUCCUGUUCUUCGUUCGACUCCUCGGUGCUGUGCCAAUAGACCACAGCACGACCACACAAACAACAUCGGACAGACGAUACUACUGAUGGUUAUAACACUCCUGAUGAGCUCCUAGAGACAUCUUACGAAGACAGCUAUGGCUUCGUUUUGCGUCAGGAGCCUAAGGCUGAUGCAUUGGUUGUCGACCAAGCAGAUGAAGAGUAACAGGCACAUAUCCAAGAUAAAGAAACCGCCAUCAAACUCGAACAGUUCAGUACAGAUAUCGACACUAGUGUAAGACCUCUAAGUCAUGAGCGAAAAACCAGUACCGAUCAUGAAAGAGGCGACACUGCUAGACCUUCCUUCGCACCGGACUGAAUAGAGCUUUGUAGAAAAGGACAGGAUUUAGGCGCCAGAGAAACGUUGUGGAACAUACGCCAGCUAUACAGCCACGAAGAGUUGGUAGAUCUAGGUACUUCGUACGGAAUUCAACUAUUUGCUGCUGGUUCUCUGGUUAGAGACAUAGAAACAAGUAUC